AUGUCUACCAACAAUGCUGCAACGGCAAACCGGUACAACUUCCUGAUAGUGUUCCUCGUCACCUUCGGCUCCCUCACCUACGGCUACAAUUCGGCGAUCAUAGGAGCAGUGCUAGGACUGAACUCGUUCUUCAGGUACUUCGGGAUCGACCUGCAUGGUCCAAAUGCCGCUGAGAGCUCACGAAUCACUGGUGCCACGAACGGCGUCUUCGCGGCCGGUGGCCUGCUGGGCUGCAUCUUGAUGACCUGGCUGGGCGACGCGGCCGGGCGCAAGGUGGCGAUCCAGGUGACUUCGGUCUUGUGCAUCAUCGCCGGGAUAAUCCAGGCUGCAUCUGUGCAUAUAGCAAUGUUCCUUGUGGGGAGAUUCCUGAUGGGCCUAGGCGUCGGCAUGGUCAACGUGAUUACUCCAUUGUAUCAGAGCGAGAUUUCACCGGCUCACCUGAGAGGGAGGAUGGUGGGGACGCACGGCUUCAUACUUUGCGUGGGAUAUGACUUGCACCGGCUACCUGGCGAGCAAGACGAUAUUCUGGCCCGGGAGGAGUUUUACCAGAUUCGCCAACAGCUUGACCUUGAGAGAAGAGAGGGGUGGAGGCAGGGGUGGCUCAAGGGAUGGGUACUAAUAUUCAAGAGAGAAUCUUGCCGCAAACGGCUUCUGUUUGGAUUUCUCACACUUGCUCUGGUUCAGUCCACUGGUUGCCUUGUCAUCAACAACUACCAGGUGCUUUUGUACAACGGCCUAGGUCUCUAUGGCUCUGUACCUCUCUUACUGUACGCUGUCUGGGAUAGCUGGGCCGCCUUUAUGAAUUACAUGAACUCCUUGUGGCUUGACAAAUUCGGGCGAAUACCGACCAUGGUAGUGGGGCAGAUUGGCUGUGCUAUCUCAGUCGCCGGCUUUACUGCCUGCUUGGCGAGGUAUGGAAGCACGGACAACAAGAUUGGCAACGGAUUCGAUGUUUUCUUUUUAUAUUUAUUUGUCACCUUCUUUGGUGGCUCUAUGGACGCCACGUCUUAUGUCUAUGCCAGCGAGCUGUUCCCCACCUCCAUUCGCACACAGGGCGCCGGCUUCAGCAUAUCAGCGCUCUUCUGCAUGUCCCUCAUCUACACCAUGUGUGCACCUGUUGCUUUUACCACCAUUGGCUGGAAGUACUAUAUAAUAUUUAUCGUGCUUCCGAUUUUCGGGGCGGCGAUAAUGUAUUUGUUUUACCCAGAGACGAAGGGGCUCACACUAGAGGAGAUUGGGAAGAAAUUUGGAGAUGGUGUGGCUAUCGAUCUCUAG